AUGUCAUCAACUGGGACACCGACCCAACAUAAUUCUACGCUUGCGAUAUCGCCGUUCGUGAGCGGAAGAAAUGGCAGAUAUAAUGCAUCACAGGCCGGAAGAGCGGAGGGAGAUAGAGAGAGAGAUCGAGAUCCGAAUACACAGCAGCUGGCUGCUGGUGGCAAUGGGGAGGAUUUCAGAAGUCAGGAGUGGAAUCCAGCAGGAUUGGAACACAAUCAUCCAUAUGGGUCGCUUGCGAACAGCCCACUGGUUCAAAAGACUAAUCCCAAUAUUGCGGCUAACUCGCUGGCAACGCCGCACCAUCAUGUCACUGCAAACACGAAUCAUGGCGGGCUUAUAGGAUCGAUAUCGAAGAAUGGGCUUUUUGGUUCGGCAAUGCCUUCGACGUUGCGUAAAGUUAGUUUGCAAAGGGAAUACCGGGAUCCCUUGAAUACAAAGACGAGAGAAACACACAUUGAAUCGGGAAUCCAUGAGCCUAUGUCAACUACAACGACAUUGACUACCACUACGACGGCGACAACGAGCACAGCUGAAUUUGAUAUAUCAGAAUUAUCAUCUAUUGAGAAGCUGCGAUUGUGGAGACAUGAUGCCCUGAUGCAGCAUCUUUACAAGACAGCAGAAUUCGUGGCAAACAAAAUCUACACCUUGACAGGUGAUCCAAAUGAUGCAUUUUGGUUGGCACAGGUAUACUUUAGUGAUGGAUCUUAUGUGCGUGCCAUUGACCUCCUUUCAAGAGACAUGCUUGAUUCAACAAGUAUUAUGUGCAGAUAUCUGAAAGCACGUUGCUUGGUCAAAUUGCAGAAAUACGAUGAAGCUUUGGAUAUUGUAGGAGAAUGCAAUCCCUUCUCGAGUGCUUCAGAUGAGGAGGCAAAAAAAGAAACGGAUGGUGGAAUAAAGCUGGAGUCAUCUUUGUGCUACUUGAGAGGAAUAAUAUAUUCUGCCCAAAACAAUUUUGCAAAAGCCAAAGAAUCGUUCAAGGAAGCGGUCCUGGUUGAUGUGAAGAACUUUGAGGCCUUUGAAGAACUUACAUCUAAAAAUUUAUUGACGCCACGCGAGGAAUGGGAUUUACUAGAGUCACUAACCUUAGAUUUUUCGAUACUGGAUGACAAUCAGGACAUGGUCAAAAAUUUAUACAUUAUUCGUUUAUCAAAGUAUCUUAAUGAGGAUAAAACUUGCGAAUCAAGAAAACAACUGAUAGAAGAACACAAUUUGGCAUCGAACGUUGAUAUUCUGGUUUCAGACGUUGAAACGUUAUAUACAAAGUGCAAAUUCUCCGAAUGCUUGAACUUCUGCGAGACUAUUUUGGAGAAAGAUAAAUUCAACGCUGAAGUGCUUCCGACGUACAUCGCUUGUUUCUACGAACUGGGCAUGAGGAAUAAACUGUUUUUACUUUCCCAUGAAUUGGCUGAAAAUUUCCCUAAAAAUCCCAUCACAUGGUUUAGCGUUGCUACUUACUACAUGGUCGUGAAUAAAAUUGGAGAGGCACGAAAAUACUUUUCAAAAUCAUCUAUCCUUGAUCCAAAUUUUGCUCCGUCAUGGUUAGGGUUUGCGCAUACGUACUCCAUGGAGGGGGAGCAGGAUCAAGCCGUAUCAGCUUAUUCUACAGCUGCAAGGUUCUUUCCUGGUAUUCAUUUGCCUAAUUUAUUUUUGGGUAUGCAAUAUAUGUCCAUGAAUACAUUAUCAUUGGCGGAAGAAUAUUUUACUUUGGCGUACGAUAUAUGCCCGCAAGAUCCGCUACUGUUGAAUGAGAUGGGCGUUAUGUUUUUUAAAAGGAAUGAGCUACAAAAAUCGAAGCGCUAUCUAAAGAAAGCACUGGAAGCGAUAAUAGAACUAGACAGUACGUCACGAACAUUUGUCUCUAUUCAAAUAAAUCUGGCCCAUGCCUAUAGAAAAAUGGGUGAUUACGAAAGAGCUAUCAAGUGCUUUAAAUUUGUGUUAGAAGUCUCUGGUAAAGAUUCAGAUAUUUACUGUUCGUUGGGAUUCCUCUACCUGAAGACAAAGCAGCUGCAAAAGGCGAUUGAUCACUUGCAUACAGCGCUCUCCCUCAGCUCAACAAAUCACGUAGCACAGGAAUUGUUGUUACACGCAUUAGAGCUAAAUGUGUCAAUAACAUUGGAUUCAGAUCAUCCACUUGUUGUUAACGCUCAAAUACAUGAAGCCCAUGCAAAUAUAUAUUCUUCCCGAAAACGAGCACCUUUAAUAUUUGAUAGCUCAGCACUCAACAAAAAAAUGAAAACCUCUGUUUCGUCACAAACAAAUGGUGAAUGUGAGGAAAUGGAAAUCGAAUAA